AUGGACUCUAGAGAAAGGGAGAGGAAGUGUGAUGAACUAUCUAAUGGUAUUAUAGCUCUAAUUAACCAGAUGCAAAGUGUUUCUGAUGGCCUUUACAAACACACAUACGAUUUAGAUACUCCUUUGCCUCAAAUUAACAAAGGAGUGCUUAAGGCCGUUGAAAAGGUCCUUCACUGGACAGAAGAUGAAUUACUAGUCUCAGAGAAGGCUUAUAAGUACAUUGAAGGCCGAGAACCUGAAGUUAAUGCGAUUUUAGAGUAUAUCGAAUCUGAAGAACAAAAGGGUAAAGAGUUGAAAGAAAGGGCAUUAGGCAAGAGUAAGUACUUUAGAAUGCUCUAUCAAGGAUUACAGAGGACUUCAGAGGAAAGCGAGUAA